GUUUCCAGUGACAGCCCCAAAGAAACGCACGGAAUUUAACUUCGUCAACUUCGUCCACGCAGCCUUUACUUCGUGUUAUAAAUGGACGCUUGCAGAAGUCUUGUAACGCACACUGGACAAACUUAACUUCGCCAUUGAUUUGUGGAUAUCGCAAAGUUUACGAUCAGGCGUAGCUGCGCAGUCAUGGAUGUAUCCGAACAGCCCCGAUGGAUGCACCACCCGGCCGUGUUGAAUGGACAGCACCCGGACUCCCAUCACCCCGGCCUGGGACACAACUACAUGGAGCCCACGACCCCACUGCUGCCUCCGGAUGAGGUGGAUGUUUUCUUUAACCACCUGGACUCACAAGGAAACCCCUACUACCACAACUCCCGGGCCCGCAUGUCCUACAGCCCUGCGCACGCUCGCCUUACGGGGGGCCAGGUUUGCCGACCCCAUCUCCUCCACAGUCCGGGGAUUUCGUGGCUGGAUGGAGGCAAAGCAGCUCUCUCAGCCCACCACCCCCACAAUCCUUGGGCGGUGAGUCCGUUCAGUAAGCCCAGCCUGCACAAUCCAGCGGGCUCUGCAUCCCCCGGGGGCCUCUCAGCAGUCUACCCGUGCAGCAGCAACUCCAACUCGGUAUCAGCGCCGUCCCUCACCCCGCCGUCUCUGUACACCUUCCCCCCGACACCACCGAAGGAUGUGUCCCCGGACCCUGGAGCCGCCUCUCCCUCUUCAUCCACGGCCAGGAUGGAUGAAAAAGAGCAGCUGAAGUACCACAUCGAGGGGAGUAUGAAGGUGGAGAGCUCUGGAUCACUGCGGGCGCACCAGCACAUACCUACGUACCCGCCUUACUCGCUCUCCACGCCCGACUACGGCAGUCUGUUCAACGCUGGAAACUUCCUCGGAGCAUCGUUCACGACCAAAAACAAGAGCAAAACACGCUCCUGCACCGAGGGGCGCGAGUGUGUGAAUUGUGGAGCCACUUCGACCCCGCUGUGGAGGAGAGACAGCACAGGACACUAUCUUUGUAACGCCUGCGGACUUUACCACAAAAUGAACGGCCAAAACAGACCCCUCAUCAAACCCAAGCGCAGACUGUCUGCGGCACGGAGAGCAGGGACGUGUUGCGCCAACUGCCAGACGACCACUACCACGCUCUGGAGACGCAACGCCAACGGGGACCCAGUGUGCAACGCCUGUGGACUGUACUACAAACUGCACAACGUGAACCGACCACUCACGAUGAAAAAGGAGGGGAUUCAAACCCGCAACCGCAAAAUGUCCAACAAGUCCAAGAAGUCCAAGCGCAGCAGCAGCGAUAGCUACGAGGAUUUCACCAAAUCCAUGCACCAACACCACGACAAGAGCGCCCCCUUCGGUUCGCUGGCGGGACACGUCUCAAUGGGCCACCACCAUCACCUAGCCUCACCUUUCAGCCAUACAGGACACAUGCUACCUACCCCUACCCCAAUACACCCCACAUUCGGACACCACUCCAACAUGGUGACCGCGAUGGGGUGAAUGAACAUCUUGGGCCUCACAAGGACGCGCUUCAAUAAGACUAUGCGUGCGCAGGGCCAUGUUACAGAGGCCAGUGGCACUGUGGGGAGUCACAUGCUUUCCUGGAGGAGCCUUCUCACUGCUAAUGCUAAUGUAUGGUGGUAAUUUACAUUGAGUGGAACGGUGCAAGUCGGGUCAGUGUAGGGCUGUGCUGGUGCGGUAAUGAAAGAUGCAAAGAGGUGUAGGUUUCAAUUCCACGCACUAUAUGUUUGUGUAUGAUCACUGAAAUGGUUUGAAUCCAGGAUUUUAAUCUUGGUUAGAGUUGUAGACCAAACUAACUGGUUAGCUGGUUUCAAGAUAUAUCUGAAAAUUAAUUAUUACAUAUUUAUAAAUCAGUAUUUAUUAAAAGAACACACAGCUAAUUGAACCAAUGUUUUCUCCACUGAAGACCACAUUGUCUUUUGUAAAACAGAUGCUAAUGAUUUAAACCAGGACUGAGUAAAUUUGAACCAUAUCAUAUUUCUUUUUUCCCCAUUUAGGAGCUCUACCAUUUGACAUAACUUUUUAAAUUUCAUUUGUUUACAAGAAUUACAUUUCAAAACAUAUAGUGUAUAGUGGAUGUCUAAACUACAAGGUCAGUAGCUUUUUCCAUAAUAAGGCCCAAUGGAUAUUUUGUAGCCCUGGCAAUUUGAUAAUUAUGGUUCAAAUUAGGCCCAUCACAUUUUGAUGCAUGAUAUAUCGCUACAGAAGAAUAUCACGAUAAACAAUAAUAUUGAAACUAUUUUAUACCACUGAAACAAAACAGGAUUUUCAAUCAUUAAAAGUCCUGAGCUGCAAUAAAUACAUAGCAUAAUGAAGCAAUAAUUAGCCAGAGUGCUCACUUAUUCAACUAUCUACAGCUCAGAUCGUAUCAUAUUAUAACAAAAAUAACAAAAAAUCUCCCCAUUGCUGCAAAGAAAAUGUAGAGACGAUAAAUAUUGAGGCCAAAAUAUGUAUUGUUCCAGCUUUUGUGUAUUGAAAGAUAAAUUGAUAUUGUAAUUACCAAGCCAGGCCUAGUUCAAAUUAUGAUUUUGAAAAUGAUUCAUUUUCAACCAGUCUUCAUUAUGUACUUGCCUAAACUGACCCGACUCAUAUUGUACCGCUCCACUCCACAACGCCCUUAUUUGGUACCUACUCUAUGGAAAAGGAAGUGGCUCUACUUCCUGGUCAGGCACAUGUACUUUAUGUAAAAAAGACUAUUGCACCUCUUUAUUCUGCUCCUCACUGUUGGCCCAUGUGUUUCGGGCUUCAGUGUGGCUUAUGUGUGGAGGUGGGAGAUAUGUGACCAAAAACUGAAUAAUAUCACAAAUGUUGUUUUGGACAUAUGUAAAAGUAGACUAUAGAGUAUAUUGUUUGUAUUCAAAACUAUUCAAAAUGGCCGCUGAAAGAGCUGACGGAUGGGAACGCAGCUAAAAUGAAUAUUGUUAAACUGCAGAUCUCAUUGGAAAACAGCAAGUCAGUGAUGGAAAUGAUCAGGUUCAACAUUUGUGAAUUUAUUAAUUUCAUGGCAAAGUACAGUCUAAUCAAUAGAACAAUCUGCCUCUCCCCAUCUGAGAGUAUGACAUCAUCAUAUUCUUUCUGCACUUAUGUUUUUGUGCGAUAUUUGAACCUUAACCACAUUUACAGGCAAUUCUGAGCACAUUUAUGAUUGCGAUAUUAUCUGAAAACUGUCAUAGGGAUUAUCAAAAAUAUAUAUUCAUUUCUGUCACUAUCCCCCACCUCUUCUUAGAUGUGCCGAACAAGUUUAUAAUGACUGUGAAUAUUGUAAAUAAGUGAAACUAUAGGGGGCAGAGCUAUCCCUUAAUGCUAAAAUAUGCUGGAUUUUUUGCUCAUAUGGGCGAUUUUAAAGGAAAUUGAUACUAUGAACCCAAGCGAACGAGUCCUAAUUUGGCACUGUUUAUUAUUAUAUAUAAUUAUUGUUUUUGAGAUAAUUUAUUUUCACUGCCUUGUACUUUACUUUAUCAAACCAAUCACUAAAUACUGCUAUACUACUUCUGAGUAUAUUUUUAGCUGAAGUGCUUUCUCUGGUCGGCAUUUAUACCUGUCCAAAUAAAUAUAAACU